GUAAGUUUGAGUAACAUUUUUGUCUCUUUGCAGACUGUUACUGAAACCUAUUAAGCAAAUCCAAUUUUUCUAUAGAGGUAGCUGCACCGACGUCGGGUCCCAAGCCCCGAGUAAGAAAGCAGGAGGGCAUUUCUGAAAUGAAAGGUACUUGAAGCUCUCCUGCAAUUAAAACACAAUGAAGAUCUCAUUCUUAUAUCCAUGUGCAGUGUUUAUACUUUAUUGCACAGUUCUAAAAGUCCAUGUCUGCGCAGAAUGUUAUCAAGAGAAGUGCCAGCUGUUGUCUGUGACAUAUAAUCUGAUAUUGCUGGAUCCAUUCCUUUGUGAACAUUUUGGAAGUCUUUAUUUCAAAAUAAAAAACGGGUCAGGCAGAAUGUCAAAGACAGAUUGUCUCAAUGUGAAGAAAGAAUGUGUAUGGACUUGCGACUCAAAUACACAUGGUUGGUGUAGAAAGUGUAAGAAAGAAUAUUGCAAACAACAGACACCUGGAGAUUUUUGUGGCUGUAUACAUGCGGAUGCUUUUUAUCCUUUUGAAACAUUUGAACAAUACAUGAAAAGCAAUUAUGAUAGAAGAUCAGAAUUCGGAUCAAGCAAUUUAACUAGUGACUCUCAUUAUGAAUGCUGCAAGAGGAGGACAUGUGGUUCAGCUGAAGAUUGUACUAUAGGAGAAAGACUGCAUGAGAAGGAACCUUCUGACAAGUUGCUUUCCUCACUAGAGCUGUCCUUGGUGAUAUCUUUUAUAGCUACAGUCGCUAGUCUUUGUUCAAUACUUUUCGUGUUUGUCAUUUGGAGUUAUAGUCAUCCGAGAAGAGACGAACACAGUCAGAAGCAUGAACACACAACACCGAUACCGAGCAAUGGACUUAGAUUACAAAGGCAGAGAAGAAGAAAAAGGCAGAAUAAAAAUUUGAAUAGGGUGUCGAAGCAGACUGAUAACGAUACAACCGAGAAAAAUGUUCAUGGAUCAUUUAAUCAAAAUAAUAACGAGGCAACUAAACAAUAUGUGAAUAAGGAAUCCAAGCUAAAUGAUCAUAAGGUAUUAGAGCAAAGUGAGAAUUGUACGGUGUUGUUGUCCGCACAUAGAGAAGUUAGUAGUACAUUAAAUAGCGUUAUCUGUGUUUCUCAAUCACAGCAAACUGAAAAUCCAGCAGCAGUAUCAGAGAAUGAAUGGUGUACGUCAGCAACUCGAGUUAAGCAAUACAAGUUUUCACAUGAGGCAAAAUAUAUAAGUCAGAAAGAAAAAACAGAAACAGAAGACUGUUCUGAACACAGUGGUAACUCCAUAGAAAUUGAAAGAGUUAUUAUACCACUGUCAGUACAGGAAGGUUUAUUUGAAAACAAUGACUCGUCUGGAAAAUCAGCUGAAUUUGAUUCUGAGACAACAACGUUCCCCAAAUUCUGUGGACAAAGCUCUGCAAAACAGACUCAUGAGUGUUCACAAAAUAGUAUUGAAGAUGUAAAACGACAACUUGUGGCAAAAGAAAUCUCUAGAGAACUGCAUAUUGAACAUAGAAAUUUAACAAUAUUUGGAUUAGAUUCUUACUUUGAUAGACUUAAUAAUGGCCCACCACCUACAACACGUGAACGGAUGCAAUAUGAAUGGAUUCGAUUGGCUUCAUUCCAUAAUUACACGGGAAAUGGAAAUGCAUUGGCUCUUGCUAGAAAUGGAUUUUACCAUGAUCACAAUGAAGGACCUAUGUCAACGAGGUGCUAUCUCUGUGAAGCUCGGCGCUCUGACUGGGAGAUGUUUGAUGACAUUUCUGCAGAGCAUAGAAGACAAUCACCAAAUUGUCCUUUCCAUGAUAACAGAGAGGAAGAAACCUUGAACAUUUCAAUAACAAAUGGAGACAAUAGUGAAACCCCAGCUAGAUCAUCUCGAAGUUCUAUAGGUAGUUCAUUGACUUCUUCUGUCACUUCAUCAUCAUCUAUGAGUACAGGUGCUGCAACUGUGAGAGAAGUUUCAAGCAGUUUCCAAGGAAUUAACAUUAGCCAGACAAAUAUUGGCAAUAGUGGAGGAGAAAGCAUUCCACUACAGCCAACAGAAGAUCCAGAAAGUAGAGAUCGUUCUCUGUUGGCAUUGUCUCAGCCACGUACACAGCGAGCCCUCGGGCGGACAGGGCACUCUUAUUCCACUAUAAUAGCACCAAGAAGAAACAAUGUUGCUACAGGUGCUGUAAGUAAUAUUGGCAUUGGUCCUUUCAGCACUGGUUCCUCGUCUUCAGUUACAAUGAGUCAGCUACCAAGUACCCGCCCCUCCUCCAUACUAGGCGGGCCAGUGGGGGCCGGUGCUUUUUCAGGUUUGAGAACAGCUGGCCCAAGCACAGGUGCACUGACUUCUGUUCCUAGAGCAACAGAAGGUUUACAACAAAGCAAUACUCCAUCACCUUCUGCAGAAGCAGCUGCCGGUACACGACAAACUAACCCAGCACCUGGUGCUGGGGGAAGAACAGAUCCUACAAUAACAGUGGUGGUAGAUAAUCCUAAACAUCCAGAUUAUGUCAAUAUAGAUUCUAGAGUCAGCUCAUACCAAGGAUGGCCAGAUUACCUGGAUCAAACCCCUAGACAGAUGUCAGAAGCAGGUUUCUUCUAUGUUGGUGUUGCAGAUUUCACUCGCUGCUAUUGUUGUGGUGGGGGUCUGCGGAACUGGGAGCCAGGUAGGUUGCAUGAUGAGACUUUGUUUCAUUCACUUUUUGAUGAAUAAUAUAUCUAAUAAUGUCCGUCAUAGAGCAGAGUAACAAAACAGUAUAUUUUCCUUUGUUUAUGUCUGUUCAUCAGACUGUCACGAGACAGAUAAUGAAAUAUCUAGAGCAGUAAGUGUAGAUAUAGACACGUGUCCUUGAAAGUACAGUACGUGAUACGUUUUUGAAAUCCUUUUGUUAGAAUAAAGUGCAGUCGAAACAAUACUAACAAUCAUUUGUCCUUUUGCCUUUCAAUAAUGUAGGGGAAAACUUGAUAUUGUUCCUUUGAAAUGGAUACAGUGGUGUAAGUAUAUUCCUCGAAAUAUACAAUCGAUCAAAAUGUGAAGGAAUAGGACAUGAUAACUGAUAUAUCACAUGUUAGUGAACCAUGACCAAGGCUACAUCAGAUCUUAUUAAAUCAUGGCCAAGGCUACACCAAGUCGUAAUGUACUAUAUGGCCAAGGCUACAUCAUAUCUUUAUAAAUCACAGCCAAGGCUACACCAAAUCUUAAUGACCUAUGUCCAAGGCUACGUCACAUGUUACUGAACCAUGGCCAUGGGUAUACACAAUCUAAAUGGACCACCGUCCAGGCUAUAUCUCAUCUUAAUAAACAAU